AGGAAGUAGCCAUCACCCGCAGCGUUUCUGAUCAAUCUCGUCGAUUGUGAAAACAGAAACAGCUACAGACCAUACAAUAUAUGCAAUACAAAGCACAUGAACGCCAAUGCAAAACUAUAAACGGUUGCUAAGCUAAGCAAUUAAGGGGUUCUAGAGAAGACAACGUGAAGACAUUAGCCGUUAAACAUCUGACAAAAAUGGACAAUUUCGAAACCCCAUACGAAGAAGAGGCUGCGUUUGUUGAAUGCACGGUCUGUGAUAAAUCCAUAAGGGGGGAGACCUUGUACAAGAUACACCUGACUACACCCGGACAUAGAAAGAAAGAGGAUGUCCUUGUUGCUUCAGGGGUUGCUGUCAGACAUCCCCGCAUACCGGAAUUUGAGGACAUUUUACAAUAUCUGGAUUACAUGAAGCUUGAUGAGCCCAUCAUUGGUUUGAACUAUUUGGAGGAACUGCCUAGUAAUGACCCGCAGGCAGGCCCCAAAUACACAUGUAAGAUGUGUUUUCACAAGGCAAACCUACCGGAAAUGGUCCAUCAUGUGAUUGGACGUAAACACCGGCAGAAAUAUGUGGAACUGAAACGGCCAGACUUGGUGACCUGGAAUAAACAAUCCAUAAUAAUCCACGGAGGAAAGAUUUUACGGACAAGAGCAGAGAUAAUAGAGAGACAGGAUGGACGAGGAACUCCAGUGCCAAUGGCAAAAAAGGGGAUGGAAGGCAAAUUGAAGUUCUCAAGAGUUCCCCCAAGGCAGAAACAAAAUAGGGAUGGGAACUUUAUACAGAGUUUGACGCAACGAGAUGGGCCGUCACACCUACCAGACCUCAGGGACGAUCAGGAUGAGUACUCUCACCCAGGGAGGUUUCCCCCAGGUCACCCAGAUUCAACGCCAUUCCCUCCAGAAGACACUUACAUGUUGGGCAGAGACAGACCGAUGUACCAACGAGAGGACACUCUCAGCCAUGGCCGCAUGGAAGAGGAGCUGCAGAGGGCGGAUCUCAGGGAAAGUCGUAUGUACAGACGAGAGCAAAUGGACCCAGAUUAUCGUACAGAGUAUGAAGAGGAAUAUGCCGAAAAUCCACAAAGAAGAGCCGUACCCGAACCAGGUGGUGAUCCCCGGUAUGAUUCAAAGCAGGAGAUGCCCCAUGGCCAGGCCCAGCAUGUAGAGUAUUACCCAGACGAGGCUCCUCCUUACAGAAAGCCCUACCCAGAGCGAGAUCCACUGAAGGAGUUCUACACUGAUGAAGUAAGGAGGCGUGGGCGAGUUCCAUCUGAGUACCCGCCCUCGCAGCGGGUGCACCCAGAAGGCGAUGAGCAGCGCUGGUCUCUGGACAGGGAAUCCGGUAGACGUGACAGUAUGAAUGGAGCGGGCAGGCAGGGAUCGAGUGAACCAGAGGCCAAGAGAAGGAGCUUUCCCACAUCUUCGGAGAGUGACCAGACGCCUGAUGGCCAUUUGUUUCACUUUGUCAGAGAUUACCGUCAUGAAAUGAGAGAACCAUAUCAAGAGGAGGCAGUUGCCAACCCCGGGCAGAGCAGAACAGGACCCCCCACCUCGCAGAGACGACUUGAAGCUACCAGGGCCAUCUCUGACAUCCCGGAGCCAUUCAGACGUUUCCUGAAAGGGGCCGCUAAUGAUGAGGGACACGGUAAAAGAAAACGAAAGAGUCGCUUCUCUGACGCCACUGCGGAGGAGGUGGAAACCACAAAGGAGAUAUUCAGCGAUGAGUAUGGACCUCCGAAUCCAAAGUUUGGCGGUCGUCCUCGACCUGUCCAUGGAACACAACAUCCUGACCACUACAUAGAAUCACAGGCCCCGCAUCAUACUGAAAGCUACCAAAGAGAAGGCUCUGAGUCGAGGGGUGUCUUUGAUAUGCUGAAAAACAUUGAAAUUGAAAAUGCAGAAGAGGCUGACUUCCUGAAGAACAAACUUUGCAACCUUCUGAAAGAAUUCAAGACCAAAAAAUCUGAGAAAGCUGUGCAAAAUAGCCAAGGUCGAGAAGCCAUCUCCAAAAGCUACAACAGCUUUAACCCGGACCCAGAGCCGUUUCCAAGACAUCAGUAUGACACAACCCACAGAGAAGAUUCAGACCUUAGACGACCAGAAGACCUCUACUUUAGAGAAGAUCACAGAGGAAGAGACUGGCAACAGCAUGAGCAUCUAGCUGACGAGCAGCUAAAUGAAUACCACCAUCCUCUACGUGGGGAGCCCAGACAGUCAAACAGGAGCCGUUAUGAAGAGGUUUUUGGGGGGCCCAAGACGCAACAUGCAAGCCAUCGGGAUGAGCCUGCACGUUAUCCUGAUAGAUUUGAAGAACCCAUGCACUCUCUAGACUAUCCACACGCUGCUAAUGAGUUUAUGGACUCCCAAUCCUCUGCACCUCCGCGCCGCAUGGAACGAGGACAAAGGAUGGACCGGGGCCUUCGGUACUCCAACAACCUGGACAAAAUCACCUCCACCCUCCUGGAACUUGUUGCAAGGAAAUAAUUUACAUAGAAGUUCUGUAGACAUUUGGUGUGAAAACGUUAUUUGAUAUAUAAUGUCCCUCUUCUGUGCAGGUGUUUUUAGUUUAUUUGAGGUAGACAUUUGUAACAUUGGUUCUUGAAAAAUGUUUAAGUCUAAGUUUGAACAUUAAAAGAUUUGU